AUGAUGAAGAAGAACAAGCAGUCAGAGGAUGACGAAGAUCCUGUCUGGAUCCCACAGGCUUUCCGUCUAGGGCGUCUUAAGAAUGUGUUGGACGGAGGAGAGUAUGCCCCUUUUAUAACUCCUCCCAUACUGGAGAGUAAUUUUAUUCAGGUCAAUAGGAGAGGCGAAUCGAUUUAUCUGCAUAACCGAGCAAACUGGGUGACCAUCGGCAUCUGUUCUUCCAAUCCUGUCCUCAAGACCCCUAAUGUGAUGCUGUUGGCACAUCUGACACCAGAGGCUAGAAAAGAAUCAGAACCACUCUUUAAACGCCUCUUGUCAUCUUCCUCCACAGACAAGCUGGUGCUCACCAGGUUUCUCCCUCUGCAGUUUGUGACUCUUUCUGUGCACAGUGCUAAGAACAUGCGACUCAAAGUCAAGCUGAUAAGUGGCCGAGCCUACUAUUUACAGCUCUGUGCUCCUGUAUAUAAACAGGACAUCGUAUUUUCUCAGUGGGUGGACCUCAUCACCCUCUUGAACCAGAAGAAAGCCAGGACUUCCAAAGUAUCCGAGGUCUCCAGCCUCUCAGGAAUCACAAACAGCACAGACAUCACAGGCUCAAUGGACAUCAUGGACAUUACGGCUUUUGCAGAGCUGCAGGCUGCGCACUCACACACUCGCAUCUACUCGGCUGCCGUCACUGAAAGUGCAGACUUCUCAGAAUUUACAGAUGUUACCGAUAUCACUGAUGUCACUGAUGUCACCGAUAUCCCAGAAACUGGGGCCACAGACGUUCCAGAUAUAAAAAUCGUCACAGAGGUCACAGAAGUCAUAGAAGACAAAGAGGCCCCAAAUGUCUCAGGGGUCACAGUAGUAUUUGAAAACGACGACAUAAUAAAGGCCAAGGAAGAGGAAAAGGAAAAUGUCCUGAGGCAUGGGUGUCUACGAGACAUGAAAAGUAAGAACGAGUUCAAAGAUGCCUCCAAACAUGUCACCAUCUCAGACCUAACACUCACUUUCCAAGGCGAAAGAUGUUUCCAGACUACUUUGACUCCUAUAAAAAGCGAGGAAAAUAUAUCCAUAGAAACGGGUGAUAAAGGCUUGGAAGAAAAGAUGACUGAUCUUCCAAAUGCACGUCUCAAGGCUACAGAAUCCAGGAGAACAAGAACUGACUCAGACACUACAGUCCUGUACAGUUUUUCAGUUUUCCCCCUGAUUAGCAUUUCCUUUCCCCUUUUCACCCUCCUCUAA